CCUAGAGAUCUGUUUGGGAACUGUGUGCUGUGACCAUAAGAUCCUGAACAUCGGCCUUAAAUAUGAACACGGACCCUCCAAAAGAAGAAGUCCAAGACCGGGCCAUCGUCAAAUUAGCAGCUCAUUUACCAGACCUCAUUGUCUACGGAGAUUUCUCUCCAGGGCGACCCUCUGUGGAUCAUUUUGAUGGAGUCUUGAUGUUUGUUGAUAUUUCAGGUUUUACCGCAAUGACUGAGAAGUUCAGCACAGCCAUGUACAUGGACCGAGGGGCCGAGCAGUUGGUGGAGAUCCUUAACUACUACAUAAGCGCCAUAGUGGAGAAGGUGUUGCUUUUUGGAGGAGACAUCUUAAAAUUUGCAGGUGAUGCACUUCUAGCCCUGUGGAAGGUGGAGCGAAGGCAGCUGAAAAACUUCAUCACCGUGGUGAUUAAAUGUAGCCUGGAGAUCCAUGGAUUGUUCAAGAGCCAGGAGUCAGAAGAAGGCCUGGAUAUCCGAGUCAAAAUAGGCCUGGCCGCUGGCCACAUCACCAUGCUGGUCUUUGGAGACGAAACCCGGAGCUUCUUCCUGGUGAUUGGUCAGGCGGUGGAAGACGUGCGCCUAGCACAGAACAUGGCACAGAUGGACGAUGUCAUUCUGUCCCCAAACUGCUGGCAACUCUGUGACCGGAGCAUGGUUGAAAUCGAGAGGAUUCCAGAUCAGAGAGCAGUUAAGGUGAAUUUCUUAAAACCACCCCCUACUUUUAACUUUGAUGAAUUUUUCACAAAGUGCAUGACUUUCAUGGGCUACUAUCCUUCUGGCGACCACAAAAACCUCCUGAGGCUUGCGUGCGUGCUGGAGCCCAAUCCCGAGAUGGAGCUGUCCCUGCAGAAGUAUGUGAUGGAGAGCAUAUUGAAGCAGAUUGAUGACAGACAGCUCCGGGGGUAUUUGUCAGAGCUCCGCCCAGUGACCAUCGUGUUUGUGAACCUGAUGUUUAAGGGACAAGAGAAAGCAGAAGCCAUAGGCGUGGCCGUCCAGGACGCCUGCGUGUACAUCAGUUCUGUCCUGAGGGUCUUCAGAGGCCAAAUCAAUAAAGUCUUCAUGUUUGACAAGGGCUGCUCCUUCCUCUGUGUGUUUGGUUUCCCCGGGGAAAAAGCACCGGAUGAGGUCACUCAUGCCUUGGAAAGCGCUGUGGGCAUAUUUGACUUCUGCUCUCAGGUCCACAAAAUCCACACUGUUUCCAUCGGCGUGGCCAGCGGGAUUGUCUUCUGCGGGAUCGUCGGACACUCUGUGAGACAUGAGUACACAGUCAUUGGUCAAAAAGUCAACAUAGCUGCCAGGAUGAUGAUGUACUACCCAGGAAUGGUGACCUGUGACUCCGUCACCUACAACAGCAGCAACCUACCGACCUACUUUUUCAAAGAGCUUCCAAAGAAAGCCAUGAAAGGCGUUGCCGACUCUGGACCCGUCUAUCAGUGUUUGGGCCUUAACGAGAAAGUCAUGUUUGGUAUGUCACACAUCACCUGCAACAGAAAUGAUGAUUACCCUUUGCUGGGACGUGAUAAGGAGAUCAGAUACUUCAUGUACGCAAUGAAGGAAUUCUUGAUGUGCAACUCCAGCCGAGUCCUCAUGUACGAAGGAUUGUCGGGAUAUGGAAAAAGCCAGAUGCUUAGGGAAAUUGAGAGACUGGCCCAAAGCAAGAACCACAAGACGGUUGCUAUUGCGUUGACUAAGAUCAGCAUCUAUAAAAAUUUUUACACCAUCCAGAUACUCAUGGCCAAUGUAUUAGGUCUGGAUACUUGUAAACAUUACAAAGAGCGACAGACCAACCUCCAAAGCAAAGUCAAGACACUGUUGGAGGAAAAGUUCUACUGCCUUCUCAAUGAUAUUUUCCACGUCCAGUUCCCUAUUUCACGAGAGGUUUUCACAAUGAACACCUUGAGGAGGCAAAAGCAGUUGGAAGCAUUGUUUAUGAAGAUCUUGAAGCAAACAGGGAAAGAAGAAAGGAUUAUUUUCAUCAUCGACGAGGGCCAGUUUGUCGAUACGGCCUCCUGGGCCUUCCUGGAGGAGCUUAUCCAGGCUGUCCCUAUCUUCAUCAUCAUGUCGCUGUCCCCCUUCCUGGGCAUGCCCUGUGCAGCUGCCAGCGCCAUCAUGAAGAGCCGGAACACCACCUACGUCACCCUCGGCGCCGUGCAGCCCGAGGACAUCCGAGACAAGGCCUGCCUAGACCUCAGUGUCAGGGGCAUCCCCAAAGAGCUGGACUUGUACCUGGUGGAGGGAAGCUGUGGGAUUCCAUUUUACUGUGAAGAGUUGCUAAAAAACCUCGACCAUCACAGGGUCCUCCUUUUCCAACCGAUGGAGUCUGAGGAAAAGACCAAUGUGACCUGGAAUAACCUGUUCAGGAAUUUCGCUAAGCUAGCAGAGGGAUUGAAAACAAUCCCUUUCGGAGGUGGUGAGGAGAGUAAGGAGGUCUGUAACCUUACUGAUGAUGUCAGACUGAAAAACUUGUCACCGCCAGCAUCCUUAAAAGAAAUCUCUCUGGUGCAGCUGGACAGCAUGAGCCUUUCCCACCAGAUGCUGGUGAGAUGCGCUGCCAUUAUCGGCUUGACCUUCACUGCAGACUUGCUGUUUGAGAUUCUCCCUUGUUGGGACUUGAAGGUGAUGCUCAAGGCCCUGGCAACUCUAGUGAAAUCCAACGUCUUUGAUUGUUUCCGGGAUGGCAAGGAGCUCCGCAUGGCUCUGAAACAGAAUGCGGCCUCGUUUGAGGUGAAUUAUCGCUCCCUGUCUCUGAAGCCCACUGGAGGAAUAGCCCAUGGUCAGCAGGAGGAGCUCCGUGAGCUGGAGAGUGAGGUGAUCGAAUGCCACAUCUUCCGGUUCUGCAGGCCGAUAAUGCAGAAGACUGCCUACGAGCUGUGGCUGAAGGACCAGAAGGAGGACAUGCACUUGAAGUGCGCCUGUCUCUUAGAAGAAAACGCCCACAAGUGCAACCGCUGCCGCAGCGGGGACUUCAUCCCCUAUCACCACUUCACAGUGGACAUUCGGCUCAACAACCUGGACCUGGACACCAUUAAGGAGAUGGUCAAGUCCCAGGGAUUUAAAGGAGCAGGGGUCAGGGUGGAGUGGGACCUAGGGUGGCUCCUGGGUCUCUUCCUUCAGUGGAGUCUGAGCAACGGCCCCUCUGAGGCCUGGGUCCCUGCGGACACCCUUUUCAAUGCUUUGCAGGCCUACGUAUACUUGAAUGAGGGAGGGAGGUUGCUGAAAAUUCUCAGGAAGGAAAAAUCUUGGAAUCACACGUUUGAGUCAGCCACCUUUUAUAGCCUCAAAGGUCAGGUCUAUUUCAACAUGGGCCAGAUGCUGCUUGCCAAGAAAAUGCUGAGGAAGGCGCUGAAGCUCCUCAACCAUGUGUUUCCUUGCAACUUCGUCUCCCUGUUUCUCCAGACCCACAUUGAGAAAAACAGACUCUCCAGUUAUAUGGAUCAGUGGGCCCAAGCGAGCUCACCUCCAGGGAAGAAGAGGCUGGCGCAACUUUACCAGCAAAACACCUGUUUCUCCUUGCUCUGGAAGAUCUAUACCUUAAUUGAUUUUUUUCAUCACAAGCAUUACACCCACCUGGCAGCCAUGAUGCAAGUGAACACUGCACUGGAAACGCAAGAUAAUUUCCAGAUUAUCAAGGCCUACCUGGACUAUUCGGUGUACCACCAGCUGGCCGGCUACCAGGGCACGUGGUUCAAGUAUGAAGUCAUGGUCAUAGAGCAGAUCAUCAACCUCCCCCUGAGAGGCGAGGGCAUUGAGAUUGUGACGCACGUGGCCGAUACACUGGGCUACAUCAAGCUCAUGAUGGGUUACUUGGACUUGGCCAUUGACUUAGGCUCUCGAGCCCAGAAUAUGUGGAGGCUGCUUCAGAACCCCAACAAACAAUGCAGGGUCCUCUGCUGGUAUAGCAAAUCUCUCUUCCUAAAAAACAGACACAAGAAGUUGAUCCAGACGCUGGGGUGGCUGUGGGACCUUUCUAUAGCAGAAGAGCACAUCUUCAGCAAGGCCUAUUUCUAUUUAGACUGCCUGGACAUCAUGCUUUAUUCUGGCUUUGUGUAUAGGACGUUUGAAGAAUGUUUGGAAUUCAUCCUCCAAAAUGAAGACAACAGAAUCCUCAAGUUCCAAAAUGGAAUCCUCCUGGGGUUUUAUUCGUGUAUAGCGAUCUGGUAUGCCAGACUUCAGGAAUGGGACCGUUUUGAAGUAUUUUCCAAUAAAGCAAAAAAUCUUGUGCCAAGAAGAAUGCCAACCAUGCUUUACUUCCAAGGAAUGUGUCGGUACCUGGAGGGGCAAGUGCUCUACCUUCAGAAGCAAAUUGAAGAGCAGUCGAAGUGGGCUCAGGACGCUGGCAUCAAGCUCCUCAAGACCCUGGAGACCCUGGUGGCUCAGAGUGCCACUGGCACUGUCUUCCACCCGCGGCUCUACCACCUGAUGGCCUAUAUCUGCAUCCUCAUGGGCGAUGGGCAGAACUGUGACCUCUUCCUGGACACGGCCUUACAGCUCUCGGAGACCCAGGGGAACAUGCUGGAGAAAUGCUGGCUUAACAUGAAUAAGGAAUGGUGGUAUUCAAGCUCCGAGCUGACCAAGGACUGGCGGCAGACAGUCCUGAAGCUCCCGUCAUGGGAACAAGUUGUGUCCAGAAGGGUAAACUUGCAGGAUAUUCAAAUGAACAAAUUCCUGAUGAGAGUGAAUAUCCUGGACAACCCUUUCUAACGCUGCCUGAAAGAAAACGAAGACUUUCCUAAGUCUCAUUCCCAUGUGGUCCUCCACUCUUAACCUUUCUCUGUAGCCAGCACCCUCCGGGUUCAGACACAGAACCACGAGUGUUGGUUUCUUCUCUUUCCGGAGGGUCCGCAAGGGCCGGCAGCGUUGUGCGUUCCUAUCUCGCAGCUUCCCACAAGCCGCCUUGGCCUUUCGUGUGGUUCUGGCUUGACCUGCUGAGUUUAACACCAUUGCAAAAUUGUAUCAUGAGGGAAAAUACCAAUAUCAAAAUGGGACAUGUCGCAACAUACAUUUCUAGUUAACCUAUUAAACUGAACAUGUUUAUUU